AUGCCUGCAGCCAAGCCCAAGUCGCGUGCGCUUACAGUUGCCGAAAGACAUCAUCUGAUGCUCACAGAUCAGGAAUAUCGAAAGGCAAGACAAUUUACUCUGAAGCUUCGUAUCACUCCUGGCCAUAACAAACUUCAACAAAUGCCUUACGCCGUCAAGAGCACAGCUCCCAUUGACAACAUGAUGAAAGCUGCCGUGGUCAAACAAGUAAUAAGUUCCGAACUGCCCUCUACGAUUGCCAAAUUUUUAUUUGCUGACCCUAUUGUAAAGUUUGGUGUUCCGUGGUUGAUAGAAGAUGUUUCCGCUCCCACUGCCGAAUCCCUCGAUGACCAUGAUAUCCUCAUCAAAGUCGCGGUCGCAUCGUUCUGCCAUACUGACAUAAUGGUACUGAAUGGCGUCUUCCACGACAAGCCGAGCGGCCUCCCAGGAUCCCACGAGCCAUCUGGCACGAUCGUUGCCCUAGGCCGGGAGGCUGCCAAGAGCUUUGCCGUCGGUGACCGGAUCAUUGCCAUUGGGAUUCGGGGUCCCUGCGACAAUUGCAUGGACUGCAAUGGUCCAGAGGAGUUCCAACUAAGCUGCAAGUUCAAUAAGGGCUACGCUGGCAUUUCUUCACCCGGAGCCUUUGCAGAAUACACCGUGCUGGACGACCGCUUUGCAGUCAAAAUACCGGAUGAGUUGAGCUUCAUCAAGGCGGCCCCGCUGACCUGUGCCGGAUGCACUAGUUGGCGUGCUGUCAAAAGAGCGGCAGUCAGGCCAGGGGGUUGGCUGGGCAUCGUCGGCAGUGGAGGUGGCCUCGGUCACCUCGCAAUUCAGAUUGCGAAGAAGCAGGGCAUCAAUGUUGUGGGCAUUGAAGCAAGAGAUGUUGCUCUGGAAUUGACAACAAAAGCUGGUGCCUCGGCCGUGGAUGUCAGACCUGGGAAAACCGUGAUGGUGCAGCAAGUCCGGAGUCUGAUAGGUUUACGGGGUGCCGGUAGAGGCGACGACUUGUGCGAUGCAACAAUCGUGCUUAGCGAUGCCGAGCCGGCUCUUGAGACGGGCAUGAUCAUUACGAAAGGGCACGGCCUAGUGGUUGAAGUGGCGCAGCCCAAACGAGUCAACUUUCCAUUUGAAGAGAUGAUAUUUAGAGACAUCAGGAUGAUGGGGUCUAAUCUCUCCAGUCGAUCAGAGCUUGCUGAUCUCGUGAGAUUCGUUGUUGAACAGGACGUAGCCGUCGAGACCACUGUUUUCCACGGGCUACAGAGUUUGCGUCAAGUUUAUGAGUUGUCAGAAUCUGGAGCCUCGGCGGGAAAGGUCGUGGUCGUUAUUGACGGUACCCAGGUUUAG